AUGGCCAUCGACUCAUUCUCGCAUGAUCAUGUCCCUCAACGUGCCCAAGCAUGCCCGGCGAUCCACUUCCCGCGUAACAACGACUUUGUCGGGCGCGACGCCCAACUCGCGCAACUUAAGGAGUCUCUCCUGCGGUCCCAGACCGACAAGUCAAUGGUAGCGAUACAUGGACUCGGCGGAAUAGGGAAGACACAGCUAGCGCUCGAGUUCGCCCGAAGCGCCGACGAAUCCUGCUCCGUAUUCUGGGUCCCCGCCCGUACCGAGACGUCGUUUUCACAAGCCUACAAGUCGAUCGCAACGCUGCUGGGACUGGCAGGCAACCAAGACGUCUUGUCCAAAGCCACAAAGCACACAAGUCAAAGGCUUAAAAAUAAUCUUCAGUACCAGGCCUGGAUCGAUAACUCCCUCGUUGCGACAACGUAUCCGAAGCAGCCCAAAGAAAGAUCAAUUUUACCCGUUUUAAUCAACGGCAAACAUUUCGAUGGGUUCCCCGACACAAAUGCCACCCGCAAUGUGAUGACAGAAGAAUUUGCCGUAUCUAUUGGUGCAGUGAUUGAUAGGGCUACAGCUGGACGGGCUACUUUUAUCAACGCAAUUGGGGAGAAGACGAGCUCGAUUGGCCAGACUUCGCUUGAAGUGGCCUUUCCUGAUAAUCCUGGAAAGUCAUGGUCUUGCCAGUUUCAAGUGGUCCGAUGCUGCCCCGAAGGCCUCGUCUUUGGUGACCAUUUCUUAAGGACGUUGACGGAAACUUUGACCAAGUUCCGCCAUCGCCUUAAGAAAAAGGCAACAGUCUCAGGCCUGAAUAUACGCAGACUGUUGCAUAUGGAAACACCCCGCCAGCAGCUGAGGUGUUCCAUCAACUCGCAGGGGACACUCGCCAACAUGGAUACAGGAUCCGACAUUGACCUGGUGUCACUGAAAUUCGCUGAGUCUUGUGGGUUGGACAUUUCAUAUUUUCCUCAUAAUGAAGGAUUCGUCAAGCUCUCCAACGGUACAGUGAAAAAGCUCCUAGGAUACAGUGACAACCGGCUGAAUUUGGGAGAGGAUUUGAGAGAGAAGAGGUUCUUUGUCCUGGAUGGCCUCGUUGCUGAUGUUGUCCUGGGAGAUGACACUCUUGAGGACCUUGACGUGUUUAAUAAACAUGUCGAUUCAUUUGUGGAUCAAGAUGAUUUUAUCGAAGCGGACAACUUUCACAUGAUCGAAUGGAGAGAACGUUACGAUAGUGUAGAAAGAAAUGUCGAGACUCUUCUGCGAGCCGCGGAAGGGGUGCCGGCAGCGGAGGAACCAAGUUUGCGGCGACGUUUUGCUCACGUAUUGAGACAUGGACCCAACAAUGCUCGCACAAGCAGACCUGUCAAAUGCGAUGUCCAACUCCGGCUGAGGCGAACACUCGAAGACCUUGACAGGCUCGAGGACCAUCUUGACGACCAAUCCCACAGGCGGCUGGAGAAGGUUAGAGGAGAUGAUGUGCUGCGAGAACAGCAAAGCAAUGAACUCCGAAAGCGACAGUAUCAAUAUUUGCGCACUAAGAUCCUCGGAGGCCUACAGAAUUUUGAUAAGAUAGAAAAGGGAUGA